UGCGGUCUCUACCUUGGACAUGUAAAUUAUGAUCUUCCUUCAGACAUCUGACGUUGUAUGUUUUUCGGAGCGAAUGGUUAUCUAGGAUAGUACUACAAGCUAAUGGUUUCAGAGUGUUGGAUUGAAGAGAAGAAGGUAGAGAAGAUGACGCAACCAAGCAAAGAGCCCUGUAAGAAAGAGGCCUGCAAUAUUCAAGCUUGCCUCUCCAAGAACAAUUUCCUCCCACAAAGGUUUCUUCGAUAUGGUCUUUCAUUUCCUGUGAAACUGCAAGAUAACUAUCCAAGUCCUACAGAAAUAGUAUCCAAGUCCUACAGAAAUAGUGUGUCAAAGUUAUCCAGCAGCUGCAGUAUUGCUGCGAGCAAUGUGAAUACAAAUCCACACAUUGUGCAUCAGUAGCUGGUAUUUUGAAGCAGAUAAACAAGUAAACACACAUCGGUUGCAGCCAGUGUUUUUGCUCUUGCUCUAUUUUGCAGUGCUUGGAGCAAUUGUUGCUACUAACAUUAGGAACUUGAAUGUAACACAGGAAUAUUGCAUAAUAUACCAUUGUAAAAGAAAAGCAUCUACAACCGAUCA